AUGAAUAAUAAUAUAGAAGAUCAACGUUGGAAAUUAUUAGAUAACGAACGAUUUCAAUCAUUUUUUGAUUCCGAUGGUCGACUUGUGAAAGAACAUGAAUUUCGAAAAGCAGUUUUCAAAGGUGGUAUAAGUAAUGACCUUCGACCACAAGCAUGGAAAUAUCUAUUUGGUUUUUAUCCACCACUUCUUUCUAGAAUAGAACAAGAAACAAUUGAUGUUGAACGUAAACUACGUUAUGAAUUUAUGUGUGAAAGAUGUCAAAAAGAAAUGCCGGAAGAACUUCGUGCACAAUUGUCACAUCUAUCAUCGAAUAAAUCCAAAGAACCACUUAGUCCAAGUAAAAUGUUUUUUUCUGUUCAACAACGUAUUGAAGCAUAUAGACCAAAAUUAGAUUGGAAUGAUAUGGAUCAUCAUAUAAGACUUAUAGCUAAAGAUUUACAUCGAACAGAUUUUAUAUCGUCAAGAAAGAAACCAGAUGAUUAUAAUUAUGGACCACUUACACGUUUACUUGUAGCAUUUGCUAGCUAUAAUCCAACUAUAGGUUAUUCACAAGGAAUGAAUGAUAUGGCACAUUGUUUUCUUCAUGUAUUUUCUUAUAAUGAGCAUGAAGCUUAUUUUUGCUUUGCUUAUUAUAUAACUCAAUCAGGUGAACAUUUUACAGAAAAAGGUAUUGCAUUUAAAAUCAAACAAUUACCUAAACUUGUUGAAAUUGUUGAUCAAUUAUUAUAUGAUCGUAUUGUAUCAUUAAAUGUUGAAUUAUGGACAUUUUGUCAUCGAUGGUUAUUUUUAUGUUUUCGCCGUGAAUUUGCUGAAGAAGAAGAUACAUUAAUAUGUUUCGAAGUUGUAUGUAGUCAUUUUCUUGAAGAAAAUUCUUUAGCUGCCGAACGUUUAUUACAUGAUAUACAAUUGAAACGAGCUGAACAAAAAGGUAUUAGUAGUUAUUCAUCAAUAUCAAUUGAAACCAAUUCAAAAUUAAAUAAAGAACUUGGAUGUUCAUUUGAUUUAUUUGUUUGUGUUGCAAUGAUAUCAUUAUUUCGUUCAUGUUUAUUCGAUGCUCAUGAUGAACUUGAAGCACUUGAAGCUAUUCAACAACGUCAAAAAACACUUGAUGUUCGACAAGUUUUAUCAUUAGCUGAACAACUUUUUAAAAUUUAUUAUCAACAAAUGGCAUCAAUGUUAUCUCCAUCAUCAUCAACUGAAUCAUCAUCAUAUGAUAUUAUUGAUUAA